AUGAAGGCCCUCUACGCCAUCCUCACCCUUGCCCUCUUCGCUGCCGCCGCCUCGGCCAACGUCCACCACGAGACCGAGCAGGAGGAGUUCCUCGCCCCCCUGAUCCAGAACUACGAUGCUGAGAUCAUCCCCGGCCAGUACAUCGUCGUCUUCCGCCCGGACGUCUCCAUGGCUGAUGCCCGCGUCUUCGCCGACUCCAUCUCCAUUGGCCGCUUCUUCAGCGUCGGCCGCGAGUUCAAGGCCGUCGCCGGCUUCAUCCCCGAGGGUCUGCUCGACCGCAUCCGCGCCCGCUCCGACAUCGUCGACUACGUCGAGGCCGACCAGAUCGUCCGCAUCGAUGCCAUCACCCAGAACAACGCCACCUGGGGCCUGGACCGCAUUGACCAGCGCAACCUGCCCAUGAACACCAAGUACAGCUACUACAACCACGCUGGCGCUGGUGUCAACGUCUACGUCGUCGACACCGGUAUCAACAACGCCCAUACCGACUUCGGCGGUCGCUCGGUCAACGGCUACAACUUCCACGGCGGCAACUCCAACGCCAACGACGACAACGGUCACGGCACCCACUGCGCCGGCACCAUCGGCAGUGCCACCUGGGGUGUUGCCAAGAAGUCCUCCCUCAUCGGUGUCAAGGUCCUCGGUGCCAACGGCUCCGGCUCCCUGUCCAACGUGGCCGCCGGUGUCUCCUGGGUCGCCGAGCAGCACAAGAAGUCUUCCAACAAGAAGACCAUCGCCUCCAUGUCCCUGGGUGGUGGUGCCAACAACACCGUCGACGAUGCCGUCCGCGCCGCCAUCAACGCCGGUGUCUCCGUCAUCGUUGCCUCCGGUAACGACAACCGCGAUGCCUGCAACUCCUCCCCGGCCCGUGUCACCAACGCCGUCACCGUCAACGCCUCCGACCGCAACGAUGCCCGUGCCUCCUUCUCCAACUGGGGUACCUGCACCGACAUCUUCGCCCCCGGUGUGUCCAUCACCUCCACCUGGAUCGGCUCCCCCUCCGCCACCAAGACCAUCUCCGGUACCUCCAUGGCCACCCCCCACGUUGCCGGUGUUGCUGCCCUCAUGAUGGGCCAGUCUGGUUCUCUGUCCCCCUCCACCGUCAAGAACAACCUCAUCAACAACUCCACCAAGAACGUCAUCACCGACGUCAAGGGUUCCCCCAACCGCCUGCUCUACUCCCCCUACGCUUAA